AUGCAUUCGCACUUUAGCUUCCUCUUGCCUAUGGCUCUUAUUGGGGCUGGCGUAUUCAUCGUUGCUUGCACCGGCACCAGCUUGACUUGCAAUGCCCUCUGCCAGGAGUUUGCGCAAAAUGGUUCAUCGUGGGAAGUUGACCAGCACGCCUCUCGUGAUUUCUCAUUCUACGAAACUCCGCUCAAUUUUUCAUACGACCUUGCUCCAGGAAGCCUCCUCACUGUCGAGCCGGCCACCCAACUCUUGAAUUACAGCGUCCCUAGCGGUCUCACCAUGUCUCGCAUUAUAUACACCACCAAUGAUCUGAAUGGUACCACUCUCCCGGCUUCCGCGUAUGUUUUGUGGCCUUAUGCACCACUGGAAACUAGCUGUCAUGAUGAUAAAGGCCAAGGAUAUCCAAUGGUGGCAUGGGCUCAUGGUACCUCUGGUGAACUGAGAGGCUGCGCACCAAGUAACUACCGCAACCUCCAAUACCAUUUCAUGGCCCCCUUCCUCCUCGCUCUACAGGGAAUGGCGGUUGUUGCUCCAGACUAUGCCGGACUCGGCGUCAACAGUUUACCGAAUGGACGGAAAAUAGGACACCCUUGGCUGAGUGGACCGGCACAGGCCAACGAUCUGGCUAACGCCGUAAUAGCAGCCCGGAAAGCGUUUCCCAGUUUGCUGACAGCCGACGGCCCCUUCGUCGCUAUGGGCCAUUCUCAGGGAGGCGGAGCGACUUGGGCUUUUGCGGAAAAGCAGGUCAAGGAACCUAUCUCUGGAUAUAAGGGUGCCGUUGCUAUUGCACCUCCCACACGGACCUUUGACCAUCUGAGAAAUGCUUUUAGUAAUAUCACGGAACCAUGGGCUCAGGUCAUCAUUGCCGGACAGCCGAAACUCAUAGCUGCAGUGACUGCUGUUUUCCCUUCGUAUAAUUACUCGGGUCUGACACCCGUGUCAUAUGAUAGAUGGUUCAACGUCUUGGAGCCAUUGGAUGGUUGCCUCCCGACAGAUAGCCUUGCAUUCACGAAUGUGACCGUCGACGAACUGGUAGUGCCCAAUUGGUAUGACGCUCCUGAGGUUCAGAAGUACGCCGAAUUAGCGGAAAGUGGCCGAAAGCAGUUCAAGGGUCCGCUGCUUGUUGUCUCUGGAGAGGCCGACAUUGUAGUCCCACUUGACACAGUUGAGCCUGCGGUUGACGAUACUUGCAAGAUGUUGAAACAGGAGCAUUGGAACGAGUCGCUGGAGUUUGUCUCCUACUCAGCCAUGGAUCAUUUUCCAAGCAUCCAAGCUAGCCAAAUGAAGUGGCUACCGUGGAUUAAAGAUCGGUUGUCCGGUGCACCGGGACCAAGAGCCGGAUGUCUCAAGAAUGCCGUAACUGGAUUCCGUACAGAGAAUACGGUGCAGACCGCGAUGCCGAAUUUUCUUGAGGGUUGGGCCAGUGCUGAGGAGAGUUGGAAAUAUUCUCUUUAG